AUGAGUUCGUUAAAGAACAAUGAGAAAGGGGUCCCUCCCUCAUCCGUUGCAAACUACUCUAUUGGCUCUAAUGGUGAAUAUUACGAAACCCCAGAUAGUGCCAAAAAGGAAAACUACGAGUACCAGGUCAACUCAGUAGACCUUGAUUUAGAUGAUGCUGAUAGUGGCGAAAAAGCCUACAAGACAGACAUGAAGCAGGGUCUCAAGUCAAGACAUAUCCAAAUCAUCGCAUUGGCUGGUGCUAUUGGUACUGGUCUCUUUGUCGGUUCUGGUUCCGGACUUGCUACUUGUGGGCCUGCUGGGCUUUUCGUUGGUUAUUUGAUAUUGUCUUUGAUGGUCUGGCUCGUCAUGAACCAGAUCUCUGAGAUGGUCACUUUUAUUCCCACGCCUGGUCAAACCACCCUUCCAGCUCUUUGUCUCAGAUACACCGGAAAUAACUCAAUCUCCUUUGCUGCCGGUAUGAAUUUGUAUUACGCCCAAGCUUUGAUUGCUCCAUCUGAGCUUACUGCUGCUGCCUUUGUCAUCCAAUACUGGACAUCGAUCAACCCGGGUGCUUGGAUUACUAUUUUCCUGGUUGCUAUGGUCGCCUUGGAGUUCUGCGCUGUCCAAUACUUCGGUGAAGUCGAAUUCUGGAUCGGUCUUAUCAAGAUCUUUACCGUCAUUGGGUUAAUCAUUGUCGGUAUUGUUAUUUUCUUUGGUGGUGCUCCAGCCUCCCAUGGUGUUUUGGGUUUUCACUUCUGGAAACAUCCAGGCGCUUUCACGGAACAUCUAGUCAAGGGAAACACCGGUAAGUUCUUGGCAUGCUGGACGUCCAUCAUCAAGUCCGCCUUCGCAUUUAUCUUGGCUCCUGAAUUAAUCACCGCGUGUGCCUCCGAAGCUCAAAACCCAAGAGUCAACUUACCAAAGGCAACAUCAAGAUUUCUUUACAGAAUGAUCUUCUUUUAUGUUCUUGGAUCUUUGACUAUUGGUGUUAUUGUCGCUUACAAUGACAAGUCUUUGUUGGAAGCUAUUGCCACCGGUGCACAGGGUGCAGCUGCUUCUCCAUUUGUCAUUGGUAUAAAAAAUGCAGGUAUCAAAGUGCUCGACCAUAUUGUGAAUGCAGCCAUCUUGACCUCUGCAUUUUCUUGUGGUAACUCUCAGUUUUUCUCUGCAACAAGAAUGCUCCACUCAAUGGCCAUCAAAGGGCAAGUCCCAAAGCUCUUUGGCAGAACAAACAAAUAUGGUGUUCCAUAUUACUCAGUUUCAAUUACAGGAUUGAUCAGCUUGGUCUCAUAUUUGAACGUUUCCAACAGUUCAUCUAAAGUCUUUACCUGGUUGACCAACAUCUCUACCGUUUCCGGAUUCAUCUCUUGGGUAUUCAUCGGAGUUGUUUACAUCAGAUUCAGAAAGGCUAUCGACUACCACAACUUAAACGACAGGGUUACUUUCAGACCAAAAUUCCAAAUUGCUGGGGCAUACUUCACCAUCUUCUUCUUCACCUUGAUUGCUCUAACCAACGGUUAUGCCGUUUUCUUCGACUUCAACGCUAGCGACUUUGUGGCUGCAUACGUCACUAUCCCAAUUAUUUUCAUUCUCUUAUUUGGACACAUGAUCUGGUCUAAGAGCUUUAAGCUUUUUGCACCACUCGAGGAGAUUGACUGCAUUACAGGUCUAGAAGAAGUUGAACAGCAGGAAGCUGAAUACGAAGCUCCUGUGGCAAAGAACUGGUUGAUGAAGGUUUACUUCUGGCUAUGUUAACCUUCAAGUUUUAUUGAAUUUCCUUUCUUCGUUUAAAAUCUUGAGUGCUUUCCUUAUCUACAAUCUUUUAUAUUUUAUGCUUUUCAAUUCCACAACAUAGGCUAGUUUACUACACUUUUUGUUCUGUCGAUUUAACUUUCAGACAUACAACACGCCCUAGUAGCUUCCUGUCACAUGGGUGUUGUGUGCCAGACUACUUUGUGUAGCUGAUUCCUUAGUAAAGAGCAGUGUUCUACC